GUCUAUGACCUUCUCCCAAAGGAGCUGCAGUUACCACCUUCCAGAGAAACAUCUGUAGCAUCCAUGAGCCAAACAAGCGGUGGCGAGGCAGGUUCGCCGCCUCCAGCUGUAGUCGCUGCUGAUGCUUCUUCAGCUCCUUCCUCUUCCUCCAUGGGCGGUGCUUGCAGCUCCUUUACCACCUCUUCCAGUCCUACCAUUUACUCUACCUCAGUCACCGACAGCAAGGCUAUGCAAGUGGAGAGCUGCUCCUCAGCCGUGGGGGUAAGUACCCGAGGGGUAAGUGACAAGCAGAUAACCAGUAACACAGCCCAGCAGCACCAGUCAACGCCGAAGCGCCACACAGUCCUGUACAUCUCGCCACCACCCGAGGACUUGCUGGACAACAGUCGGAUGUCCUGCCAGGAUGAGGGCUGUGGAUUGGAGUCAGAACAGAGCUGCAGUAUGUGGAUGGAGGAUUCACCCUCCAACUUCAGUAACAUGAGUACCAGUUCCUACAAUGAUAACACUGAGGUGCCACGUAAAUCGCGCAAACGCAACCCAAAGCAGAGGCCAGGGAUCAAACGCCGCGAUUGCGAGGAGUCCAACAUGGAUAUCUUUGAUGCCGACAGUGCCAAAGCGCCUCACUAUGUCCUUUCUCAGCUCAGCACGGACAGCAAAGGCAACUCAAAAGCAGGAAAUGGAGCAUCAGAGAACCAGAAGGGAGCUGGAGGGAAGAAGACCCCAAUGUUGUGUGGUCAGUAUCCAACCAAGAGUGAGGGGAAGGAGCUGAAGAUAGUGGUGCAGCCGGAGACCCAGCACAGAGCUCGGUACCUGACUGAGGGCAGCCGUGGCUCCGUCAAGGACCGGACACAGCAAGGCUUCCCCACUGUGAAGCUGGAAGGCCACAACGAGCCCGUGGUGCUGCAGGUGUUCGUGGGCAACGACUCCGGGCGCGUGAAGCCUCACGGGUUCUACCAGGCCUGCAGGGUCACUGGCAGGAACACCACCCCCUGCAAAGAGGUGGACAUCGAGGGGACCACUGUCAUCGAGGUGGGGCUGGACCCAAGCAACAACAUGACACUGGCGGUUGACUGUGUGGGAAUACUGAAGCUGAGGAAUGCUGAUGUGGAAGCCAGGAUAGGCAUUGCUGGGUCAAAGAAGAAAAGCACGCGCGCUCGCCUCGUCUUUCGCGUCAACAUCACACGCAAGGAUGGCUCAACCCUGACCCUUCAGACACCUUCCUCCCCCAUUCUCUGCACUCAGCCAGCAGGAGUUCCAGAGAUCCUAAAGAAAAGCCUCCACAGCUGUUCAGUCAAGGGUGAAGAGGAAGUUUUUCUGAUUGGCAAGAACUUCCUAAAGGGAACAAAAGUGAUUUUCCAAGAGAAUGUUUCGGAUGAGAAUUCUUGGAAGGCAGAAGCUGAAAUUGACAUGGAAUUGUUUCAUCAGAACCACCUCAUAGUGAAGGUGCCACCAUAUCAUGACCAGCAAAUAACCUCAGCUGUUUCUGUGGGAAUAUACGUGGUGACCAAUGCUGGGAGAUCACAUGAUGUGCAGCCAUUUACCUACACUCCAGAUCCAGCAGCUGGGACUCUGAAUGUUAAUGUGAAGAAGGAAAUCUCCAGCCCAGCCCAACAUUGUUCUUUUGAAGAGGCUAUAAAAGCAGUGAAGGCCACGGGCUGUAACCUGGAGAAGGUGAACAUUCUUCCUAGUGCCUUGAUAACUCCACUCAUGCCAAGCAGUAUGAUCAAGAAUGAAGAUGUGGCUCCAAUGGAAGUAAGUGCAGAAAAAUGCUCUCCCUCUGAGUUCAAGGCUUCAAAUGUGGUUGGACCAACUCAGCAAACCUUGGAAAACAGCAUGUCUGGCAUAUCAACUUCUGCUUCCCAUUUACCUUCUGAAAGUGAAAACCAGCAGCAAAUCCAGCCCAAGGUGUUCACCCCAGAGACCCUGAGCACGAUCCAGACACAGGACAUUUCCCAGCCUGGCAGCUUCUCCACAGUGUCCACCCCGGCACAGCUGCAGAACAGCGAUGCACUGCUGCAGCAAGCUGCACAGUUCCAGGCCAGGGAUUCCCAGGCCAGGGACGUGCUGCAGUCGGAUGGCACAGUGGUGACACUGUCCCAGCUGACUGAUGCAUCCCAACAACAGCAGUCCACGCUCCCAGAGCCAGCACAGGCCUUGCAGCAGCAGAUUUCAUCGAGCAUCUUCUCGUCAGCCAGUGGAGUGAGUCAGCUGCAGAACACCAUACAGCAGCUCCAGGCUGGGAACUUUCCCACCAACACUGCCACCGGCAGCAAUAGGAACGUGGACUUGGUGCAGCAGGUUCUGGAGGCUCAGCAGCAGUUAUCUUCCGUCUUGUUCUCUGGCUCAGACAGCAGUGAAGAUGUCCAGGACCAGCUGAACGCAGACAUCUUCCAGCAGGUUAGCCAGAUACAGAACAGUGUCAAUCCUGGGAUGUUUCCCUCCUCAGACACUGCUGUCCAUUCCCGACCGGAGAACCUUCUGCCGGGCCGAGCUGAGAACGUUCACUCCCAGCCUGAGAACACUCUGUCCAACCAACAGCAGCAGCAGCAGCAGCAGCAGCCACAGGCCAUGGAGACCUCCAUGGUGAUGGGGAUGCAGCAGAACAUGUGCCAGGCUGCCACGCAGAUGCAGUCAGAUCUGUUCUCCUCCACGACCUCGGGGAAUGGAGCCCUGCAGCAGUCUCCUGUGUACCAGCAGGCUUCUCACAUGAUGAGUGGGUUAUCAACCAAUGAGGACAUGCAGAUGCAGUGUGAGUUGUUCUCCUCCUCUCCAGGAGUGUCUGGAAGUGAGGCAGCUGCCCCUGCCCAGCCCCAGGUCUCCAACAACAGCACUGCCAUCUUCCAAGCAUCGAGCUCUGCAGACGGGGAAGAGGCUUCAGGGCAGAGCAAGCAGAUGCAGAGCUCUGUGUUUCAGACCAUGGUUCAGAUGCAGCACAGCGGGGAAAGUCAGUCCCAGGUUAACCUCUUCUCAUCUACCAAAACCAUGAUGAGUGUGCAGGCAAGUGGGACUCAGCAGCAGGGAGGAGCUCUGUUCCAGCAGGGCGGAGAGAUGAUGUCGAUUCAGUCGGGGAACUUCAUGCAGCAGUCUCCACACUCACAGGCUCAGCUUUUCCACUCACAGAAUCCGAUUGGUGAUACUCAGAAUAUAUCCCAGGAGACACAAGGCUCUCUUUUUCACGGCUCAAAUUCCAUAGUCCACAACCAGACCAACACUAACUCCUCUGACCAACUGCAGCCUCCGAUGUUCCACUCGCAGAACGCCAUGGGUGUCUUGCAGAGCUCCUCAGUUCCUCAAGACCAGCAGUCUGCCAACAUGUUCCUUUCCCAGAGUUCCAUGAGCAACCCUGCCACUCAGGAAGAGCAGAUGUCAUUCUUUACAAGCCCAAAUUCCAUCUCUCCUCUCCAGACAGCAACAAACACAGAGCAGCAGACUUCUUUCCAGCAGCAGACGCAGAUAUCUCACAUCCAGAGCUCCAUGCUGCCCCAGGAGCAGCCCCAGGCUCAGCCUGCUCAGCAGGGUUUGUUUCAGUCUCAAGUGUCGUUGGGCUCCAUCCAGUCCAGCUCCAUUCCUCAGAACCAACAAGGAGCUAUCUUCCAGCCUCAGCAUUCGAUCGUUGCUAUCCAGAGCAGCCCUCCAGCUCAAGAACAGCAGCAACAGCAGCAGCAGAACAUGAUGUUCAGCAACCAGAAUGCAAUGAGUACAAUGGCCUCUCAGAAGCAGAACAUGAUCUUCAAUCCCAACCAAAACCCAGUUACCAAUCAGGAGCAGCAAGGCCAGUCCAUUUUUCACCCUCAGACUAACAUGGCCCCGAUGAACCAGGAGCAGCAGCCCAUGCAAUUCCAGAGCCAGACCACAGUGUCCUCUCUCCAGAACCCUGGCUCCAACCAGGCCGAAGCACAGCAGCCAGCCAUCUUCCAUAAUUCACCCCAGAUUCAGCUGGUCCAAGGGUCCCCAAGUUCUCAAGAGCAACAAGUCACCCUCUUCAUCUCCUCAGCUUCCAUGUCUGCCCUGCAGAACAGCAUGAGCCAGCCAGAGCUGCAGCAGUCCCCCAUGUACUCCUCCCAGAACAGCAUGGCAGGGCUGCCAGGAACUGCCUCUCCUCCCCAGCAACAGGCUCCUUUGUUUCACAACACAGCAGGAGGUGCCAUCAACCAGCUGCAGAAUUCCCCUGCCUCAUCCCAGCAGACAUCAGGAAUAUUCCUGUUUGGCAUUCGUAACAACUGUGGCCAGCUGCUCACCUCUGGCCCAGCCACACUGCCGGACGAGCUGAUGGCCAUCAGCCAGCCGGGGCAGCCCCAGGCCGAGGGACAGGCCGCGGUGCCUGCGCUGCUCUCCCAGCAGAUCUCGGAGACUUCGCCGCUGCCCUCGGGCAUGGGAACCAACCAGAACAUGGAGAAAAUCGAUGAUCUGCUGGUGUCCUUGCAAAACCAGGGGAACAACAUGGCUGGCUCCUUUUAA